CUCUCUUCUCCCCACGCGCGCCCAUCAUCGCAUUACACUGCAUCACAUUACCGUCUCUCUCGGCCGACAGCAUCAAUACCAUCUCGAAGCCAUCCGAAAACCCAUCCAUCAUCCACAUAGCCGCCUCCAUCUCUGUCGAAACUGGUCAUUGGGAGGGGUUCUGCCGGCCUCGCCCAUUGUCCCCGACCGCUUGCACGGGACGCCGAGACCCACGACCUCCAUUCUUUGAGUGCGCGUCUGUCCAACAGCCCACAGCCCAACCGUCAGCGACUGCAUCUCACCUCACCCCGAGACCGCCCCAUCCCCGGCGCCCGCCUACACCUCCAAACAAUUCCAGCAGCGCGCAGUCUCAUCUGGCCAAAUGCGAUCGAACCGCGCCCCUCAUACCGCCUUACAAUAACCUGGGAACCAGGCCAGGCCAGGCCAGGCGCCCGAGCACCGCGUACCGCCCACCAAAGCACCACCACCACCACCUGGCCGCGGGGCCUCACCCGUAGCGCAUUGCGCAGUUCGUCCAAGAAGCGCAGCGGUCGCCAUGGCUCCCAGCACGACUCCCAUACCCCCACCCGUCAUUCCUCCGCACCCCAAGACGAAGCGCCAGAUCCCCGCCGGCAUCCAGACAAAUGGCGCGCCGCCUUCUUCCUCCCCCUCCCCGUCCAUGUCCGCGAAGAAGCCCCCCAACAGCGCCAAACAAACCCCAAACUCUGCCACGGCAAACGGUGGCACCGUCACCGUCGCGCGGCCGCCAAAUCGCGUACGUCCAGAGAUCACCGCCCAGCCUAAUGGCGCCGCACGCCCAGGCACAAAUGGCGCCACCCAGCCGGCCUCGACCGGUGCGGCGGACCCAGCCAUGAUGCCGGUAGAUGUGCAGCAGCCUCCUUCCCGGCUGUAUAUUCUGAAAAAGUACUAUGGCAACCCCCCGUCGCUCAUCGUCCACCUCCACCCCAAUCACUUCAAAUUCGACGCCCAGGAUGACUAUUUCCUUUAUACCUCGCCAAUGAAAGCCUUUCUCGACCACAUAAAAAGCCGAACCAUCCCCCACGAUAUGCUCGCCGACCUGACAGAGGCCGGAGUACCUUUCUACGAGGGUUGUCUGAUCGUGGAGGUUCAUGACCAUAGGAGUGUCGCAGCUGAGAAGGAGGACGCCGCAAAGAAUGCUUCUGUCAAGAAACCCGACGUGCCGACCUCGGUUCACAAGAACAACCCAUACAUCACGCCAUCGCCAAAUAGGCCAUCUCAGAGGGAUCCUUUGAGUGCCAUCAACGGCCAGGCCAAAAGCCCAGAGGUUGAUUCAAAGGGAAAAUCGGCUGCAUCGACGGACCAAGGAUCGAGGCAAUUGUCCAACUCGCCGCAGAGCCAGAAGAGCAAGGCGCCUCCGAAACGGAAAAUAUCCACCCUCGUCCUCUUCCCCACGCAACAGAGCCGGCAAGCAGACCUUGCGAUAAGGGCAUGCAACCCUCGCGGCUCUACCGAUGGUCGUCAAGACGCAAACAAUAGUGGCAUGCCCCCUCCGACUCCUUCAGCGCUCGUUCCGCCCACCCCGACGGGUUCGAGCAUGCCGCCACCAGCCAAGAAGGUCAAGCGUGAGCGCAUGGAGCUAGACAGUAGCAAUAUUCACGCGGCUGAAGCGGCAAUGUUACUCGCCACUAUGCCACCCUUGGAUCUGGAGCCGAGCAAGAACGUAGAGAGCCUGGUCCAGAAGAUUGACCAGCAGACGAAGCUUCACGCCCACCGCUUCCAGCCGCUGCCGAAAACCAAGACAAGAAAGCGGACGGUCGCCGAAAUGGCCGCUGAUGAGGCUCAGGCAGCCGAGAAUGAGAGAUUUCUGCUUGCAUUGGACGAAAGGAUCACCCAAGGCAGUAGCUCAGUUCCCGGAGGUGAUGGGCAGCAGCAGGUCGCGCCCUUCAAUCUUACCUUUGACCGCUUUAAGAAGAUCGAGGACAUCAAGAAGGAGCACGCUGAAAGGGCAAAGCAAGAGAAACUCAAGAGAGAAGAAAACGAGCGCAGGCUUGCAGAGCAGAAGGUCCAGGCACAAGCCCAGCAGCAGCAGCAGCAGCAACAGCAGCAAGCAGCAGAGCAGGAGAGACUUCGCCAGGAGCAGGCCGCUCAAAAGGAGCAACAAGAGAAUAUGCGUAGGAAAAUGCAGCAGGCAGCGCAGGCCCAGCAGGCCCAGCAAGCACGGGAGAGGGCCCAGGCCCAGGCCGCUCACGCCCAGGCACAGGCCCAGGCACAGGCACAAGCUCAAGCCCAACAGGCGCAAGCCCAACAGGCACAGGCACAGGCCCAGGCCCAGCAAAACCAAGGCGGCGGAGGAAUGCAUCAGACCGCUCAUGGGCACCCCGCUCAGAACGGACAGGUCCCCAAUGGGGUCUCGGUUUCUGCGCCGAAUGGCAUGCCGGCGCGCUUCCACGGUCAAGUCUCGCAGCCUCAGGUAUCUUCGCCGGUUGUUCAGCAAAACACCCCUCAGAAUAUGUCGUCACCUAUGGUCGGUGGCGUUGCCAUGCAGGCGUCUGGGUCCAACAUGGGAGGCAGCCCCGCGAGGCCGCCAUCAGUCGUUCAGAACCAGCCACCAAUGUCCACACCCAUGGCAGUCAGCAUGUCUGCUAGAGGGAGCCAGCAAAGUCAUCCCUCUGGUACACCACGCAUGCACACCGCGACCCCGAACAUGGCCCACGCGACCCCGAUAAGUCGUGCUCAGGCGAUGGCUCACACCCCUCGCAUGUCCCAGACCAGUCCGCCCCCAGGCAUGAUGGCUCCCCAUCUCAACCAGUCGAUAAUGAUGAACAGUCCAGGAAUGGCCAACAUGGCACAGAAUGCGAACCCGAUGGCACAAGCUCAGUUGCUGGCGCAGCAACAACGGCAGUACCAGCAGCAGCAGAACAUGAACGCAGCCAUGAUGCAGGGCGGCAUGAUGAACCCCGGAGGCCCACAAAGUGCUCAGCAGUUGAUGCAGGCUCGGUUCAUCCAGCAGCAACAGAACAUGAUGCGUCAGAAGAUGAAUGGCCAGCAGCAGCCUGGGAUGCAGAUGGGCCAGCAGCGGAUGAUGCAGGCCAACAUGGGCAUGCCGGGUGGAGCACAGAUGCGUCCAGGGCAGAACAUGGUUAACAUGGGAGGCCAGAUGUUCCCGCAAUCAAUGCAGCAGAUGCAGCAGAUGCAGCUACAACAGCAGAUGCAACAGAUGCAACAGCAACAGCAACAGCAACAGCAACAGCAUGGCCACCCCCAGCAGAUGCAGCAGAACCACAUGAUGGGGGCAGGCGGACCACAGGCUCAGUUGCAGCAGCGCUUGGCUGUACAUAUGCAGCAGCAGGUUCAGAUGUUCACCACCAAACUGUACCAGGAUAAUGUCGGGCAAUGGUUGCAGUCGCAAAACCUUACACAAGAGACCUGCCCGCCAGAGUUAUUGCAGAAAUUUAGGAUGCAAUGCAUGCAAUCGGCUAAGAACAAGGUCAUGCAGCUGAGGCAGCAGCAGCAACAUCAGCAGCAGCAGCAGCAGCAGGUGUUGGCCAUGCAGCAGCAGCAGCAGGCGGCCAUGCAGCAGCAGGGGAUGAUGCCUCAAGGCAUGUAGUUCAUGCCUACCGUCCGGCGGACUUACCCUGGGGACCAUGGGGACCAGGGCGGCUUUAUCCCAGAUCACAACAAUUAUAAUUGCAAUUACUGAUUUCAGUCCACGGAAGCAAGGGCGAAUCUCGGCGUUUCAAGGAAAGGGCGGCAGGGGAAUGGAUGAUACACGAUGUCGUCGAAGCCAGGCUACUAUUUGGACUCUGAGCAAGGUCUUUUAUACCCCGGGUGGCCCUGAGCGACUUGUCGAGAUUUAGUUAGUUGCUUUUCACUUUGCUCAAGCGUCUGUGGCGCUUUACUUCAAGGCGCUCAAAUCUGGGAGCGGGGAUCUAGUCGACUCUCUCUACAUGAGUAGAGGUCGAGUGCUUUGUUAUCCGCGGCGUGCUUAUCACUCCCCCUCACCUGGUAGCACCCGUCAGCGAGCGGCGUUGAGAUGUUCGCAUAGAUGAAAUGCAAAUGCAAAUGGUAUUGUUCAUGUU